UUUUGGACAACAUGCUAUACUAUGACUUUUUUUUCGUGAUUUCGGACGACAUGCUAUACUAUGACUUUUUUUAAUGCUUUUGGACCACAUGCUAUACUAUGAUGUUUUUUCACAUUAAAGAAUCCCUAAGAAAACACAUAAAAAGCAACAUGUAAAAACACGUUAAAAAACAUAUUAAAAAGCACCUAAGUACCAUGAAAGAAUGUAAAAAAUACAUAAAAAUAGAUGUUAAAAAAAACCCAUGUAAACAACGGAAGUAAAAGAACAUUUAACAAACAUGUUCAAAAACGUGGAAGAAAGCACUCAACAAAACAUGUAAUGAAUGUAAAAAAAAAAGCGUUAAAAAUUACAUUUAAAAAUACGUAUAAUAAAAUGUAAAAAAAUAUUUUAAAAAUACUUUUAAAAAAAAAACCCCUUUAAGAAAACAUUAAGAAACACGUAAAAGAAGCAAGUAAAAGAACAUUUAAGAAACAUGUUAAAAAACUCUGGAAAAAAAAGCAUGUAAGAAACAUACAAAGAACGUAAAAAACAUGUAAAAAUCACAUAAAAAACACGUAAAAAUAAAAAAAAACGUAAAAAAACAAGUUAAAGAAGACAUAAAAAAACAUGUAAAAAAGCAUGCAAUCAAAUAUGUACAAAAACAUUAUGAAGAUGUAAAAAACAUGUUAAAAAAAAACCUGCGCUAAAAAAUACUUUUAAAAAACACCUUUAAGAAGACAUAAAAAACAUGUAAAAGAAGCAAGUCAAAGAACAUGCAGCUAACAUGUUAAAAAAAUCAGAAAAAAAGCACCUAAAAAACGUGUAAAAAUCACAUUAAAAAAAAAAGUGUAAAAAAAAAAACAUGCAAAAAAACCUGCCUGAUCAAAAAACACUGUAAAUUCAGAAUGAUUCAUGCGACACUUAAAGUAAGUUAAUUCUUUAAUAUUUUCCCGACCCUUCUCUGAACUGCAGAAUCAGUAUUUUCACUGUACGUACUCUGAGCUCGUUCGGACCUGGUUUUUCGCACUCUGUGCACGGCGGCUGAAGUAAACAGUAAACAUGAAACGGUCUAAUAACAACAUGAGAUGCACUCGUGAUAUGAUACAUGUCAGACACACGUCACUCAGUCAUGUGCAGCGCUGUAGAUGCACCUGUUCCUCACCCCAAAGAAGAAGAACAGUGUCAGUCAACUGUCCCCUCUCUGUCAAACACAUCUGAAGGUUAACCUUUGACCCCUGACCCUUGUUGUGUCUCUCCUGGGCUCCCCCCUGUCAGACGGCUCGUGGUCUGUUAAUGCAGACGGUAAGCUGUGUGUGUGUGUGUGUGUGUGUGUGUGACCUCCCAUCAGUCCUGUGCUGGUGCUCAUGUGUGAUGACCUGUGGGUGCAUGGACUGCAUGGUGUACUGUAGCUGCUCUCACACUGGGCUCAGUCUGGGGAACAGAGGUGCGGACACGAGUCACUAGUCUGAUCACUAAAGACUCGACUUCCAAAAAGACUUGGACUUGUAAAACAAAGACUUGGUCCCACCUCUGUUGUGUCAUAUGUUUGCUGAACAUGGAGACACGAGUUCAGGUGAGUGAAAUAUUGAUGGUGUGGAGCAACUUCAGCGUCCUGUUCAUGACGUUCCUCAGAAUAGAAACAUGAAAUUUCUGCAUCGUGGAUUUACAAGAGGACUCCUUAUUGGUGAAGAAGGAAAGGGGCGGAGCUUAUUCUUUUAUUCAGAAGUGUCUGACCUGUCUUUCAUCUGUCACUGUUUCCUGUCUGUCACGUUUCCUCCCUGCGACCUGCGUGUUACUUCACUCUGUUCCUGCAUGACAGACGUGUUCAAAGUGUCCACGUCCACACUGACAGCAGUCGUCACGUUCAGAGCGUUUCAACUUUGACGUUAACGUUUCCUGUUUCUCUGCGUCCGCAGGUCGAGUCCGAACCAGGAGGACGAGCGCAGGGAACGGCCCGACUGUGACGGACAGCCGGGGGAGGAGUCGAGGGAAGGUCGUCUCGCAGUCUCAGCCCGGCAGCAGGUCAGGUUCUCCCGGCCGACUGCUGAGCUCCACCUACGGCAGGAUCCCCAGGCCGACCAUGGGCACCGCCGCCGCCGCCGCCACCAGCAGCACCUCCGCCAACCUGAGCGACAAGGGCCGACCCCGAGGUCACCGCAGCCAGGGCUGUAGCCGGGAGACCAGCCCCACCAGAUCAGGCUCAGCCCGGAGCCGGAUCCCCCGGCCGAGCAUGAGUCAGGGCUGCAGCCGCGAAACCAGUCGCGAGAGCAGCCGCGACACCAGCCCCGCCAGGGGUUUCUCCCCCCUGGACCGGCUGUCCCAUCAGGCUCGGAUCUCAGCCUCCGUCAACGCCAUGAGAAUCCUCAACACCGGCACCGACGUCGAGGCUGCCGUCGCUGACGCUUUGCUGUUAGGAGACUCGAGGAAUAAGCGGAGGCCGGUGAGGCGGCGUUUCGAGUCUCCUGGGAUGUACUCGGACGACGACGCCAACAGCGACGCCUCCAGCGCCUGCUCUGAGCGCUCGUACAGCUCGCGGAACGGGGGCAUGGCGCCACACUUCCUGCGUCAGACGGAGGACGUGGCGGAGGUCCUGAACCACUGUGCCAGCGCCAACUGGUCUGAGAGGAAGGAGGGGCUGCUAGGACUGCAGAACCUGCUGAAGAGUCAGAGGAUGCUCAGCCGCGUGGAGCUGAAGAGGCUCUGUGAGAUCUUCACCAGGAUGUUUGCAGACCCUCACAGCAAGGUGUUCAGCAUGUUCCUGGAGACUCUGGUGGACUUCAUCACGCUGCACAGGGACGACCUGCAGGACUGGCUCUUCGUGCUGCUCACUCAGCUGCUGAAGAAGAUGGGGGCCGACCUGCUGGGCUCCGUCCAGGCCAAAGUCCAGAAGGCCCUGGACGUCACCAGAGAGUCGUUCCCGUACGAGCAGCAGUUCAACAUCCUGAUGCGUUUCAUCGUGGAUCAGACGCAGACGCCCAACCUGAAGGUGAAGGUGGCCAUCCUGCGCUACAUCGAGGCGCUCGCCCGCCAGAUGGACCCGGCCGACUUCGUCAACUCCAGCGAGACGCGCCUCGCCGUGUCACGCAUCAUCACCUGGACCACCGAGCCCAAGAGCUCCGACGUCCGCAAGACCCUUCAUAACUGGGCAGGGGAGGAUUUCUCAGGCCGCCCCAGCACCGUGGCCUCUCUGCCUGGAGAGGGCAACCUGGAGGAGAGGUGCAAGCAGGCAGCCCAGGUGGUGCUCAUCGCCCUGUUCGAGCUGAACACGCCGGAGUUCACCAUGCUGCUGGGCGCCCUGCCCAAAACCUUCCAGGACGGGACCACCAAGCUGCUGCACAACCACCUGAGGAACGCCAGCGCCAACAGCGGCAUCAGCAUGGCGUCUCCCAGUAACUCUGCAGGCCGGACGCCUCCUCGGCAGCCCAGCAGCCGCAGCAGCCCUCUGACAUCACCCACCAACUGCUCCCAUGGCGGCCUCUCUCCCAGCAUGCUGGAGUACGACAGUGAGAACCUGAACUCGGAGGAGAUCUACAGCUCUCUCCGCGGCGUCACCGAGGCCAUCCAGAACUUCAGCUUCCGCAGCCAGGAGGACCUGAUGGAGCCGCUGAGGCGGGACGGCAAGAGGGACGGCAUGUCUGGAGUCGGAGCGUCCUCAGACUCCGACGUCGUUGGGGGAGGACGCACCGCCCUGGACAACAAGACGUCGCUGCUGAACACGCCAUCCCCGCGCUCCUUCGCCGGCCCGCGCUUCAGAGACUACAACCCGUACAACUACACGGACAGCAUCAGCACGCUGGACAAAGCUGCCCUGAAGGAGGCGCUGUACGAGGACGCUGUGGAGCAGCUGCGAGACGGCGGGAGACAAGAGUGCGUCGAGAACAAGAUCAUGAGCCCCAAAAGCUUCCCAGCAGGACCCGCCGAGCAGCUGCAGCUGGUCGGCGAGCUGCUGAAGGAGCUCUCCCAGGGCCAAGGCGGGGAGCGGGGCCCCGAGGAGCGGCGGGGGACCCUGCUGGAGCUGCUGAAAGUGGCGCGCGAGGACAGCCUGGUGGUGUGGGAGGAACACUUCAAGACCAUGCUGCUGCUGCUGCUGGAGACGCUCGGGGACAAAGACCACACGAUCCGGGCGCUGGCCCUGCGAGUCCUGAAGGAGAUCCUGAGGAACCAGCCGGCCCGCUUCAAGAACUACGCCGAGCUGACCAUCAUGAAGACGCUGGAGGCUCACAAAGACUCGCACAAGGAGGUGGUGCGUGCGGCGGAGGAGGCGGCCUCCACGCUGGCGGCCUCCAUCCACCCGGAGCAGUGCAUCAAGGUCCUGUGUCCCAUCGUGCAGACGGCCGACUACCCCAUCAACCUGGCCGCCAUCAAGAUGCAGACGAGGGCCAUCGAACGCAUCGCCAAGGAGCCGCUGCAUCAGCUGCUGUCUGACAUCAUCCCCGGGCUGCUGCAGGGCUACGACAACACGGAGAGCAGCGUGAGGAAGGCCAGCGUCUUCUGCCUCGUCGCCAUCUACUCUGUGAUCGGAGAGGAGCUGAAGCCGUACCUGGCUCAGCUGACCGGCAGCAAGAUGAAGCUGCUCAACCUGUACAUCAAGAGGGCUCAGACCUCCACCAGCAACAGCAGCAGCUCCUCCGACAUCUCCUCCUACUAACUCCGCCCAUGCCCAGCCCUCCUCCUCAUCAUCUUCAUCACCACGUUUCAUUCCAUCAGACGACACAAACAGGAUCAUGAUUUAAUCUAGAUGUUCUGUGUAGGAGCAGGCGCCUCCUCCCAUCCAGUCUCCUCCUGCUGAGGAAGAUGAGGAGGCGCUUGUUUUUGGGAGGAAGGAGGCGGCUGAGACCUCCUCUGUCAGCGCUAGAGUCAUGAGCCUUAAGACUUUUAUCUUCCAUGGGUGGUAGGAACCUCUGUCUCCUCCUCUUCCUCCUCCUCCUCGCUCCUGGGACCUGAGGUGAGUCUGCUCCUCCCUCUGAGUGCAGGAGCACCCUGUGGCUAUAUCAGUAUUUGUACUCCUCUUUAGUAUCCACGUGUUUAACGUCCACUUCAGACCUGACUGUGUAUUGAAUGUAAAGAGCUUUGAACCAUGUUUCUCCUUCCUGAACUACUGCCUCAUCCAACCUGGUGGAUCAACCUUAAAGGAACACGUGAGGACGUUUGAGCCACAGAGAGCGGCGCCAACGUCUUUAAAGGGUCCAUCUGAACAUUAAUGUGUCACUGGUUUCUUAAAGUACAAGAGAAGAAGAACAAGUCUCCUUGAUAUAAAACAUUUUAGCUUUAAAAGAUCAAAAUGUGAAGUUGAUGUUAGUUUGCGUUGGAUGAUCAUUUGGCUGGCCAAUGAUGUGAAGCACUACAGUGAGUUGAUUUGGGGCCCAACGACCAGCACGAGGUUUUAUUUAAAGGACAAAUCAUUUUACAGGUGUUAGAGGGUUUCAUUUGCUCCGUGUGACGCCCAUCAGGUCAAUAACCAAUUACAAAUCUCAGUUUUUAAGUUUAAUUGUAACUCACAGGGCUGGACCAAGCAGAUUUAGCGCCCUGGGUGGGCUUCCGCUGGGGCCCCCGACCCUCCCGAAAAAAUAUAAAAAAAUGUUUCAUAUAUUACAAGGAAUAAAAAAUAAAGAGAAAAUCAACCGAAAUAACAAACGAAUAUAAUUAACAAAGGAACAACAGCUGGAUGAUGAAACAUUUUUAUGUUGAAAUCAAAUAUAAUUUUUAACUUGCAAUGCUGGACCUAGCACUGCGGCCCCCAAGCCCCCCACUGUUCAAAAAAGUAUGAAAAAUUGUUUCAUAUAUUACAAACAAACAAAGGAACAACAGCUAAAUGAUUAAAAAUUUAAUUUUAAUUUUAACUUGCAGGGCCAGACUGAGCAGAUUCAGCGCCCUGGGUAGGCUUCCGCUGUGGUUUCAUAUAUUAUAAGGAAUAAAAAAUGAAGAGAAAUCAACUGAAAGAACAAACGAAUAUAAUUAAUAAAGGAACAACAGCUGGAUGAUGAAACAUUUUUAUGUUGAAAUCAAAUAUAAUUUUUAACUCGCAGUGCCGGACCUAGCAAAUUCAGCGCCCUGGGCAAGCUUGUGCUGGGGCCCCCGACCCCCCAACAUCCAGAAAAAAAUAUGAGACUUGUUAUAUACAUUACAAACUUACCAAAGAUAAAAUAACAAACAAAUGAAAUGAACAAAGGAACAACAGCUGAAUGAUGAAACAUUUUUAUAGUGACGUAAAGUAUGGUUUUAAUUGUAACUUGCAGGGCCGGACCAAUCAGAUUUAGCGCCCUGGGCAAGCUUUCAUUUGGGCCCCCAACAUCCAGAAAAAUCCCCAAAACCCAAAUAACAAACAAAUCUGAUGAAUAAACAAUUAAAAAAUGCAGUAAGUGCAAAUUUAGGACUGAACAAGUCUGAACAAACAUGUUUACGUCUGUCCAAUCCAUCAAAUUGGGAAAAAAACAGGGGCCAUUUUAAGUCAGCUGAUGUCAAAUGUUUUGACUCGACCACCGGACUUCACUAAAAGCCUGACAUUGUAAAACCAGCCGCUGGCGAUUCGACCUAGCCUGGAAAUCCAGACUCAAAUCUAGAAAGAUUCUGAGUCUGGCCCUCACGAUACACCCUUCCUACCCAAGGGGCGGCACUAACUGAGGCAUAUUAAAUGCCGCCGCACGCAAUUGGAUAGCACGAUAGCCAAUCAGAACAAAAGACGACCAGUGGGGCUAACUGAUAUAUUAUGCUUUUGCCGUAUCCCGUCGGCAAAACGGCAAAAACGUCCUUCCUGGAAGCGAAGGCUUCUAGGGCAGUCUUCUGUUCCUCUCAAGGAAAAAGAUAAGUGUAGUUGGCUUAGUGUUUCUUCCAAAGCUAAACUGAAUGGACGCGGCCCUUCGGCAGCUGCCAUCUUGGCCGUUUACUUAAUGUACAGUUACGUUAUUAACAUAAAGUUACAGAGGCUAGGUUUGGGAAAACAAACAUGGUGAUGACGAACCUUAAAACGACUCAAAGUUCACCAAGCGAAAGUCCGUUUUUUUUUGUGACCCAUCGACCACCCAACUUGCCUCCUUACACGACCACUCGGUAGCGCUUCCUUGUUUACCGUUGUCGCCACAUCGGUCCCGUUAUCGCAGCCUUUUAAAGUUCGUGGGAUAAGUACGAAUUUGCGUGCAUUACUUUUUGUAGGAAAACAUACGAAAAAUUUGUGAGACCAGGCUGCCAGCUCACACAGGAUGUGGAUUUAUCACUUCCUGCCCUCCGUCUGAAAUUUGCACGUCACAAUAGUUACGUCAGUUUUUUCAGUUUUUUAAUAGUAUUACAGACACGAGUAAACAAAUUUAAACAGGAUAAUAAACAUUUUCCACUUCUUCCAAAUUCCCUCAAAUUUAAUUUCCUGAACCCUCUUUCAUAUUAUUGAACUAUUUUCAUUACAACAUAUAGCCACAAAUUCUGCAUUAAUUUUGAGAUUGAAAUUUAAAUUCACAUUGUGACGUAACUGUGAUGCAUAAAACUAGAAGAAUAUUCUCGAAUUUUUACCAGUAAGACCAGUAAGGUGUUGUUGGACCAAACACAUUUAAACAAUGUCAUUGAAAAAUACAACAGCUGUUAAAACUAUUAAAAUGUUUAUUUGUAAAUUAAAACCAUCGUGAAUUUAAUUGAUUUAAAUGUAAACUUUACCUGAUGAGCGUCACGUGGAUCUGAUUCGUCACCUCUGUACAUAUUUCAAUAAAUGAAUCUUACAGUGGAUUUUUAAUCGAUUUCCAGUGACUCAGCUGAGAAAUAAGUUUUAUGAUUUUUAGAUAAACGCAAUCAAACCACUGAAGGACGGCCGAGAUGUUUCGUCUCUGCCGUCUCAGAGCGAUGUGAAGCUAACGGCCCAGUCGUGUCCAAACUGGGAGUUCAUUGGUUUAGAUGUCUGCUGUCUUACAGGCUGUUGAGUCAACACUACUGUGAUCUGUUAAGUCUCAUUCCAAAAUACUGUAAUAUAUCUUAUGUGUUAUAUAUUACACCUCAAAGGUCAUUUAAAGGUCAAUAUCAAGGUGUCAGAGACAGUAUCAGUGUAACUGCUGCUGACAGUGUGUUCUUCUGAAUCAGUUGUUCCUAAAUUGAAUGUAAAUCACUACGACCUUUAAAAUGUGAAAUAUUUGAGAAAACGGGCAAAAAUGUACGGAGGACCAAAGAUGACGCAAUUAUCAAUAAAUAAAUAAAUAAAUAAAUUUAUUUUAAAAAUACAGGGAUUAAUAAAAAAGGAAAUAAAUAAUACAUAAAAUAACAAAUAAAUGCUGAAAUAAAUGCAAAAUAAUUAAUGUAAAAAUAGAUUUAAAUAAAUGGGGAAUAAAUGGAUAAAUGCAUAAAUUAAUUAGAUAAUUAAACAGAACAAAAAUAAAUAAAUGAAUAUAUUGAUUUUAUUUCUUUACUUUUCCACAAUUAAAAUUAUUUAUGCAUUUAUUUAUUUCUAUAUAUUUAUGUAUUAUUUUAUUUAUUUAGAUUUUUUUUAAUUAAUUUUAAUCCCUGUAUCUAUUUAUUGAGUUAUUUACUGAUGCGUUUGUCAUACUUGGUCCUCCGUAUGCCGUCAAUCAGACAGAAGGACUGACAAUCUGAAUGAUUGGCUGCUACUCAAAGCGAAGUGAUGAAUUGUGCCAGCGUAACUUAAAGUCGAGCGGACGAUGAAAGAGAGCGUGUGAUGUUCGAACAUUAGCAAUAAACUCUGAGAAAUCCAGCGUGGAUUUUAAACGUCGCAGCACUGUAAGAAUCUGCACGUGUUCCUCCCGUGAGACGCUCUCGCUCGUCAGUGUACAGAUGUGUCCUCGUGUUUUUAUAAAGUGCACCUAUAAUGAAAUGUUACUGCUGCUUAUUAUAACACUAACUAACGCGCCUAACAACUCCAGCGUGCGGCCGCGGCUCAACAGGAAGCCGCCGUUACCAUGAACAAAACGUACUGACUGAAGUAUUUAAAGUUUCCUGGUGGUUCAAAGAAACGCUACAGAGGAGGGUGACGUCGUGUUUAACGAAAGAUUUCAGGAAAUACGAUAUGAGAUGAGAAUGUUGAUGCCACCUUCAUGUUUGGACACUCAAUAUGAAGCUGCCGCCUGUUAGCUUAGCUUAGCUUAGCUUAGCAUAAAGACAAAGGGGGAAAUUUGCACCACUGAAGUUUCUUCUUCUAAAGCCUGACAGGUCCUCUGUAUCGCAGCUUGUUCAGAACCUGGUGUCAAAAUGAUUUCUACAACCUGAAUUUUUUUCACAAUUAUUUUACUGUAUAAGCCAUUAUUUAAAAAAAAGAAAGGUGUUUAUUUGACAAGGCAAAUAAAACACAACAACAAUUGGACAAAAAAGAACAAAAGAACAAUAAGACAAAAAUGGAAAAAAAAAACAAAUUGGUUAAAAAUGGGGAAAAAAAACAAAAAACAAUUGGACAAAAAUAAAAAAAAUAAUAAACAAACAAUUGGACAAAAAUAAAAAAAUGUAAAUAUUUAAAUACAAAAAUAAAGAAUAAAAAAAAAAUUCAAAUUCUUUGGAUCCUUCAUUAAAAAUAAAUAAAUAAUUACACUGAAAAUGAAAAUUUGACAGAUGGAGCACAUUUAGAGUUUUAUAUGAUCCCAGUGUUCACUACAGCAAUUUUUCCCCCAUUUCAUGCUGUGUUGAGCUGCUUUUUCUUUUAUUUAUUUAUUUUUAGUAAACUUAGAUUAACAAAAUCAUUGUGAUCAAUUUUAUGCGUAUAGAAUAAUUAAAAAUAAUGGAAAAAGAAGUUCACAUAUUCAAAAUUUAUCUGAUGAACAGCCCAAAGACUAUCACUAUCUACAAAAAAGAAACUAUAAAGUUUAGCACUUAUUUUUUACUUAAAUGCCUGCUCACUUUUUGUCAAACAGCCGGUAAAUAAACGAACGUAUUAUUACAGAUUUAGGAUUACGGCAACAUUUUGGGUGCACAUGAGAAUAUUUAAAGUGAAUGUAUAAAAUUGACUGAAUGUUAAUUUGGGCGAUUCUUCAACUGUUGUAAUCUUUGUGUCUCUGGAAGAAAUAAGAAGAUCGUAAAAAACAUCGUAUUUGUUAUUAUUAUUGCACAACAAAAGGAAUAUUAAAAAAACAACUAAAUGAUAAUCAGUCAUUAUUUUUAUGAUAUUAAAAGUGGCCUUUUCUGUGUGGUUUGUUUUUGUCCCUGGGACGUUUUAAACGUUCAACCCUGUGUAAUUUUGUUUCCAGACUUUAUGCUAAGCUAAGCUAAGCAGCUAAUAGCGUCAUAUUUACCAUAAAGACGUCCCGACCAAAAAGCCAGAAGAAUUGUUGGCAUUUAACGUUUCUGCAAACCACUGAUUUGUUUGCAGGAAAAUUAAAUGCCGACCGUUCCUUCCGGCGCCUGGCGUGAGACAUGAUCGUGGCAUCCGUGUGAACGUCACUAAGAACAAUCGUAGUUCCCUACACGUGUCUUUAACGCGACGUGUCAACCCUGUAAAGUGAAGGAUGCUGUUACUGAAUAUUUCCAGGCCUUAUUUAAUCUCCUCAGACGCACUCGGACUGUUAACGUACUGUACCGCCGCCCGUCGUCUCCUCUCAGCGUGAGAAUGUGACGGCACGAUGAGCGUUGACCUCUGGACUGAAUGUUGAAGUCUCCUGCUGCGGCUCGUCGUCCUCCGGCGAUCAGCCACUGAAAGUCAUCUCCCUUUACUCUUUGUACAGUGUGACUUAAAACUACAACUUGGAAACUACGUCCGCAUGCGCACUUCCUGUCCAGGAAUCUGAACGUGUCGCCGUCGAGGCGACUCCAAAUUUACAGCCGUACUUUGAUUUCCUGUGCCUUUGGGUGUAAACUACUAACCUGUACUAACACUACGACUCGCUGCGUCUGACGGCGCUGACGUCAGAUGCAGUGAUGUCACUGAGCUGGUGGUGACAUGGCGACGCCGCUCACGGUGCAUGGCUCCCGUUUGUUUUUGAGUUGAUGAGUUUUAUUUCAUGCUCUACAAUAUUUAUGUUUUCUCUUUUCCCCGUGUAUGACUGUACAUAUAUUUACAUGUUUGGUUCUCUUUCACCCCGAUAGAACUUUACACAACUUAUAAAUAAACUAUCAGACUUCUA